ACAAUACUGGGACACUUUAAAGCUUGUACCAGAAGGAAAGUAUGAACUUCAAGCUAAAUCUUUUCUCUGUCUCUUCGCAGGAGCGUUUGGCUACUUCGAAGUGACCCAUGACAUCACACGCUAUUGCAAAGCCAAAGUAUUCGAGCAUGUGGGAAAGACGACACCCAUCGCCAUUCGCUUUUCCACUGUGGCCGGUGAAUCUGGGUCAGCAGACACCGUCCGAGAUCCUCGAGGUUUUGCAGUGAAGUUCUACACCGAUGAGGGCAACUGGGAUCUUACAGGAAACAACACCCCCAUCUUCUUUAUCAGGGAUGCGCUUCUGUUUCCGUCCUUCAUCCACUCUCAGAAGCGGAAUCCGCAGACUCACCUGAAGGAUCCGGAUAUGGUUUGGGACUUCUGGAGUUUGCGUCCUGAAUCGUUGCACCAGGUGUCUUUUCUGUUCAGCGAUCGGGGAAUACCUGAUGGCUACCGUCACAUGAACGGAUACGGAUCGCACACCUUCAAACUGGUCAACGCUCCGGGACAGUCGGUGUACUGCAAGUUCCACUAUAAGGUACUUACUGUUUGUUUGUUUGUGUGUGUACAAAAUCUGCAGCUCAAAGUGACAAAAUCACA